UCAGCGUUAGUUGCUGAUGGUAGACGCUUUUAAAUAGAUAAAAAUUUUUUGUAUAUUUUUGGGAAGUUGUUUGAAAAAAAAUGUAUUUUAUAAAUUAAACAUAAAUAAUUUAAGUGUGAAACUUGUACAAUGGAAACAAAUCAAGCAUUAGUUUUCGAAGACAUAUCCAUUGAGGUACCCUGGGGUCAUAUUGUUGGACGUUGGUAUGGUAACCGCAAAGUACGUCCCAUUCUAGCUCUUCACGGCUGGCAAGACAAUCUCGGAACAUGGGAUCGUUUAAUACCCCUGCUACCACGUCACAUUGGUAUACUAUGCAUUGAUUUACCCGGCCAUGGAAGAUCCUCUAAAUAUCCUGUGGGCAUGACUUACCAUGUACUCGAUUAUGUUCAAAUAAUUGUUAGAAUUGCUAAGGAAUAUAAAUGGCGCAAGGUAUCUCUAAUGGGUCAUUCUAUGGGUGCAAUUGUUAGUUUUUUCUAUGCCGCCCUCUAUCCCCAUAUGAUGGAUAUGUUAAUACAAAUUGAUAUAAUAAAAUCCAAAUAUUUCUCAGUUAAUAGACAAAUAGAGAAAUUUAAAAUAUUAACUGAAAGAUCGUUGAUCGAAAAUGAACGCAUGGAGGAAAUGUCUUUAAAAGAGCCACCCUCAUAUUCAUAUCAACAAUUGGAAGAUCUGUUGCACAUAGGCUCAUUGCAGUCGGUGGACAGGGAAAAUUGUAAAUAUCUCCUCAACAGAAGUAUUGAAAAAUCUCAAUUGUAUCCUGCUAAAUACUAUUUUUCUCGAGAUGGUCGUGUUAAACAAUGUGUAGAGCUGCCGGGGGAUCAUGGUUUGGCUAUGGAAAUGGCUAAACGUGUUAAAAAUAUAGCUUAUAUGAUUAUAAGAUCGGAAAAGUUGAGCUUAAUGGAACCCAUUGAUGAGGAAAUUGUUGAUAUUUUAAGAGCUAAUAAUUCCCACUUUGAAUACCAUAGAUACGAUGGUACACAUCAUUUGCAUUUGAAUGAUGCUGAGGCAGUGGCUGGUAUAAUUAAUCCAUUUAUAUUGAGAUAUCGACCUUUGAUACUGGACACCUGGACUAUUGAUGAUAGUGUGAAAGGUGUUAAUCAGCCGGAGAAGAAAAGUAAAUUGUAAUU